ACCACUCUUACACCGAAAAACUAUACAGUGUGAACGUCACUACCGACGAGACGUACUCUGGAAGCGCCAGUUGCUCGUAGGCGCUCGCCAACGUCACCGUUUCUGACGUGUUCGCAUUUUUUUUCUCCUGAACAUUGUACAUCAUAAACGUGAAAAAUUAUUCUGGAUAUACCGACAAUCUAUUAACUAGCAUUUUUCAAUUAUUUCAAAAUUAAUUGAUAUCGUGUGGUAGAAGAUCAAUAUUUAAAAUGCAUUCGGGCUAUAUUCGUGGUGCUAUCGGGGCUUUACUGGCUCUGAUUGUUGUUUCAGUGUCUGGUAAUGCUAGCGAAUUUAAAGUUGAUAAAGAAUAUGUGCCGGAAAUUUGCGAUGUUAAAACUAAGAAGGGUGAUCAGGUGACCAUGCACUACACUGGAACACUCCUGGAUGGCAAGAAAUUCGAUUCAAGUCUGGACAGAGAUCAGCCUUUCACGUUUCAACUUGGAGUCGGACAAGUAAUCAAGGGGUGGGACCAGGGGCUUCUCGAUAUGUGCGUUGGAGAGAAGAGGAAAUUGACAAUUCCCCCUGAACUGGCUUAUGGAGCCAAGGGAGCUGGUGAUGUUAUUCCAGGAGAUGCAACUCUGUUGUUCGAUGUUGAACUCAUCAACAUCAGUGAUUCACCACCAACGGCCAAUGUUUUUAAAGAAAUUGACUCGGACAAGGACAAUCAGCUCUCUCGCGAGGAGGUGAGGAUAAUGGUCAGCGAAUAUCUCCGAAAACAGAUGGUCGAGGCAGAGCAAGCAGGUGAUAACACCGAUGAGAUAAAGAAAAUGGUUGCCGAGCACGACAAAUUAGUUGAAGAGAUUUUCCAACACGAGGACACUGAUAAGAAUGGCUUCAUCUCGCACGAUGAGUUCAGUGGUCCAAAGCACGAUGAACUGUGAGGCGUUGGUUCACAAGAGUAUACUUAUCGAGGUUGUCAUCGGGGUAGUGGGCCAUUCUCCAACGGUCCACUUGCAAAAUGUCAUCACUGCUUGUUGUAUCCAAAAGGAAAGGAGGAAGGGAAGGGCUACAAGUUACUUGAUAACGAGGUGUACCAGAAGUCAGAGAACUGCCAGAUACAGGUACACAACGCAAAAUAAUACAAAGGGAAAUGUUGGAUUGUGGAAUACGACGAAACUUUACCAGAGGGCCACGAAAAUCUUGGCUUAGCUGGCUCUCUUAACUUUGAAAUUGACCCUUCCGGCCAAAAUUCAGUGAAAUUUCAUUCAUCAUUUCAACAAAACAACUAGAGGUUGAACGUGUCUCUGAAAGUGAAUUUUAAAUGAGUAAAAAAAAGGUGCUGAAAUGUACUUAUGACGAAAUGUAUUUCGAUUUUCAAGAGAAAAUUUGUGAACUCUUUCUUGUGCAUAUGCUUCUGCAGAAUGAGUGGGCACAAAGUGAGAUUGUGUGUAUUCCCCUGAGUGCAGUAUACAUAGGUUUAAAGAAAUGAUCGCCUGAAUCCUACAACGCGACUGGUUUGUUUAUGAAAAUGAAAAAAAAACAAAAAAAAAUAUAUAUAUUCUGAAUUUUGUGAACGUGUGAGUCUGGAUCUUUGCCGACAAUCUUCCUGAUCAUUUCAAUUUACCCUUCACCAUCCUUCUGAUGCUUCUGUAUAUCCCCCGCCUCACCCCCGAACGUCUCGUAAAUAAGACAUACAAAUCUGUAAAAUUU